AUGAAAGAAGCAAAGCACGUUGUAACGGGCAUCGCGAAAGCGGGUGAGCCCAACAACCUGCUGCCGCUGGCGCCGGGGGAGCUGUACAUGGACCCCGCGGUGCACGCGACGCUGCGCCGCAAGCAGCGCCGCCUGGUGCGCGACCACCCGGGCGUGCUGCUGGCCGUGGUGAAGGGCGCCAACCAGGCCAUCGGCGAGUGCCAGUUCCAGUUCCGCAACCGCCGCUGGAACUGCUCCACCAAAAACUUCUUCCGCGGGAAGAACCUCUUCGGCAAGAUCGUCGACCGAGGGAAUCCCGGCGGCGGCGGCGGCGGCGGCGGCGGCGGCGCCGAGCGCUGCGGUGGGCGGGGCGGUGCCCGAAAGGGUCCGUCGCCGCCGCCGGCGCCGGCGCCAGGCGUCCCGGGCGCGGACGAGUGGCGUCUUCCGGCGGGCGGCCGCUUCCGGUCCCUCGACCACCAAACGAAGCUGGAAAGAAAAGUUGUUUGUGACUUCAGAGUUGGAUUAGUUGGGUGA